CCCCAGUGUGAGAUCUGGCAGCCCGGGUGUCCGCUCCACCACCCUGGCCUCCGAUCUGGCAGCCCCAGUGUGGGAUCUGGCAGCACUCCGCGACCAGUCCCGGUGGCUGGUCGUCGAGUCGCAGAUCUCGUCAGGGGGUGGACGGAGGCGGUGGAACCGCGGGGAUCUCAGGAGCGACCAGCCUCGGCUGGCGCUUCGCGGCAGACCACCACUGGGAAACCAGCGACCGGUGGGAGCUCCGGGGCAAGGAGUCCAGCCAAUGGAGGCUCCAAGAGUCCAUCCGGCGGAGGCUCCAACAGGGCCAAGAGUCCGGCCGGUGGAGGUUCCAACGCGGCCCUGACGGCGGCCAGCGCGGAGCAGCCAGAACAGAGAGACAAGGUGCGUCGCCGUCUCUCCAGUGAAACAUCCGCCAAGAUUCCGGCCACCCAAAGCCAAGCUCUCGGUCAAAUCCUGACCGCCCUCAGUCGCGGCCACAGCCCGCGCGCGCCUCUACGCCGGGCUACCACUUCUUCUACUAACCCUGCCACCACCACUACCGAGCCUGGAGCCGAAGUCCGGGCAGAGGUUCGUCGUCUCCGUGAACUAGCUGCCCAGAGGCUACGUCAGGCGCGGCUGGAGACAUCAGAUGGUGAGGUAGCUGAUUCUCUGACUUCAGCAACGGCUUCUGAGGAUGGUGACGCGAGUCUGGAGGAGAGACUGAAGCUGCUGGAUGAUGGAGCAGGAGGACGGCAUGGUCAGCCACUCGUGCUGACGGCGGGGGAAGGACUGCUGCAGAGGAUACUAGGAGGUAGGGGAGGACAGAGACUAAAACCGAGACCCGCUGGAGAGUGACGUCAUGGUGACGGAGUGACGUCAUUUGAUUGUGAGGCGAGUGGUUAGGUGUGAUGUCAAAUGAUGUUGUGUGACACCAGACCAGAUAUGUGAGGUCAAACUGACGUAAUAAAGCCACUGUGUUCCCACCGAGUCAAGAAGCACGAGAGAAAGACAAUGACUCAGAAAGGAACUGAUAAUAAUGAACCUGUCGAAGCACAGGUGACGUGAUAUUGAACCAAUCAGAGUGCAGAUCAGGGCGGAUUUGGACCAAUCAGAAAGCCUGGUCGUUGAUCGGAGCGAAUAAUUAAUCAUCGCUAUGGCUGUUCGAGAGACCAUAGACAUUGGACGGUGAUCCCUGUGAAACAUAUCAGAGAGUGGGCAAAGUGGUCUCUGAGCUUACUGAGACUUUCGCUGAUUGUUCUAGAAGGCUCCAUGUGCGCGAAUUUCGUACCCCGGAGUCUUGUGGCCUCCUUGUAAUGGGCAUGCUAUGAGUGUUGCGAUUGGAAGCGAAAUUUAGACAAAUGUUCUGACUAUCUGAUGUGUUGACGUCGUGAAAGUCAUGGGUUAAAGACAGAGUGGUCACAGCCUUGUAGUGCUAUAAUAUAAAGUGAUCGUUAAAGCGAUUUUGUGCCUACGAUAUUUGUUGGAUAUUGCUAUCAAUGUUCUCACUUGCUGAUCCGAUAUCUCUAAUGAACCAUCCCUAUUAUCGAGGUUUCUUGUGUAGUUAUUCCGAGUGAAAAUGGCGCCAUUCCAGUGUUCAUUCCAACCUAGAUGGUUGACUGUUCCUCUCCGAAGUUUUGACAAUGGGCAUCGACAUUCGGUGCAAUUCCAUUUGCUCCGUUUGAUAAACAUAAAUAUUGGCGCAUCAACUUAUGACUCAUUGUGAUAUGAGUUCGAAUUGUAUGCGAGUCGCCCUGAGCUAUGGUGUUACCGAGUCUGUUACGUGAACUGCGUAUCGACUUCUGAAAGUUGUGACACUUGUGACAUGAACGAUUUCUGUAACAUUUUGUGACAACUGUGAAUUGUGAUCAACACAGUCGCCUUUGCUGGCAUCAUGAAGUCACCUAUAAACUAAGUGUCCGCUAUAGUCCGUUUUCAAUGUGAUUCCAUCGUAUAUACGCUAUUAUAUUUACUGUAUGUCCCUGUAUAUGUGACCCACACUGGGUCAAUUAGGGGGCUGUUGCGCCACAAAAGCAGUGCAAUCGCCGGCGAAUUGUGAUAUGUGUCCGCAGUGUCCGCCGGAUACUGUGUCCGCAGUGUCCGCCGAAUAUUGUGUCCGCGAUUGUCCGCAGUUGUGUCCAGAUAUCUGGAUAUUUGGAUGGAUAGUGUGUGUGUGUGGAUGAUGGGGAAGGGUCAGGGCAUGUCCCAAUAUACAGACACUU